GUUUCUGUCCUUGCGCACGCGUUCCCCAUCCUCCCCAGUUUCACAUCAUCGUGUGCUGCUCCUCACUUCUCAAGGCUCCCUAGUCCCAGUACUACCGGCAAGAUGGUGUCUCCUCAAGUUACCAACCUGGCCAUCAUCGUGGUGAUGAUGCAGCUGGCGAAGAAGGUUCCCUUCGAGGACCCCGAUGUCCUUAUGCUGGUCCGUGGCAUGUACAUCCUGUCCAAUGUGAUCAUUCUGGCAGUGUAUCUGUACACUCAGUCGAAGAUCAACAAAAAGAAUGAUCUGACUACCCUGAAAUACGUGGAGCCUUCUCCUAUGGGUAGCGGCGAGGAGCCCAAGCCGGUCACCACUACCAACAUGGAGUACGACAAGGGACAGCUGCGCCAGCUGAUGAGGAGCCAGCUGAUGGGUGUGGGUAUGAUGGGUGUGAUGCACCUUUACUUCAAGUACACCAACCCUCUCCUGAUCCAGUCCAUCAUCCCCCUCAAGGGUGCCUUCGAGUCGAACCUGGUCAAGAUCCACGUCUUCGGCAAGCCUGCGACCGGUGACCUCCAGCGCCCCUUCAAGGCCAACAACAGCUUCCUGAACCAGGGCCAGAUCAAGAGCGACAAGGCCUCCGUUGAGAACGCGGAGAAGAACUGGAGGGGUGGUGUCAAGGAGGAGUAAGGUGACAGAUUCUGGGGAAGGAGCGCGAGAGACAUUGCUAGGCCUUGCCUCCUGUGUAUUUAUAGAUGUGGUUUCAAUGGAGUGAGCGCGAAUUCACCUUGGAUUUGCGCAUUUCUGGCUUCACACUGGCUUUCUUGGCUGCUGUGAUGGGAGACUUUUUAUGACUAUGCAUGUUGUCGAUAUCAUUCGCAAUGACCGCUUACUAUCAAUAUAAUAGAACCACGUCAGUGGUGACCUCA